AUGGCGGCCCAACAUCCCCAAGGCUCCCUUGGAAAUAAUGUGGAUCUCCUGACAAUCGACGCCAAAGCGUUACAGGCACUUCUGAGCGCGGGCGAGGUCACAAGCCUGGGUCUUGUUAGGCAAUAUGUAGCUCAGAUAAACGAUCAUGAUGAGAAGCUUCAUGCCAUGAUUCGGAUAACCCCUAAUGACCUGCUUGAGGAGGCUGCCAAAUCACUGGAUCAAGAACGAGCUGCCGGAAAGACGCGCGGGCCUUUGCAUGGCAUCCCGAUCAUUAUCAAGGAUAACAUCGCUACUCACCCGAGCCUUGGUCUUCCCACCACCUGCGGAAGCCUUGCACUCUUAAGCUCGAAGCCCAAGAAAAAUGCUGAAAUCAUUGAUCAGAUCCUUGAUGCCGGUCUUAUUAUUCUUGGAAAGGCUAAUCUUGCUGAAUUCGCAAAUGCUAGGGGUUCAAACAUGCCCAAUGGUUGGUCCGCCGUGGGUGGCCAGACACAAUCAGCUUAUAUUCGUGAUGGAAUUGAUCCAGACGACUCACCGGAAGGCCACUCGAACCCCUCAGGAUCUUCCACAGGUUCCGCUGUGAGCGUCUCAGCUGGCUAUGCCCCGUUUGCCAUCGGAACAGAGACAGACGGGUCACUCGUGAGUCCUUCUGGUCGAGCCGCGCUGUACACCAUAAAACCCACGAUUGGACUGGUUUCCCAAGAUGGUAUUAUACCAAUCUCCAGCAACUUUGAUGCAGCCGGACCCAUGACAAAGUCAUCAUACGACUUGGCCGCUUUAUUGGAUGUUCUUGCUGGGAAGCCUGCCUCGGAGUCUUUCACAACGCACUUGACCUGCUCAUGGUCUGAUAUUUCCGUUGCGGCUCUCGACCCCAAUGCAUGGAAAAAUUCCGAGGAAGAUGUUAAGCCCGUUGAUGAUGCAGAGGCUCAGAUGACCCGUGAGAUCCGCCAAGCAUAUGAGGCGAUCAAACCAAAGGCAAAGAAAUUUGUCGAGAAUAUCGAUCUAGUAUCGCCGGAUACAUUCAGAAUCGACAGAGAGGGUAGCGAAUGGACAAUUAUUCAGGCGGAUAUGAAGCCUCAACUCAAUGCUUAUUUUGAAGGCCUUGCAGAGAGCGAGGUUCGAUCCCUCGCAGAGGUGAUUGCUUUUAACGAGAAGCACGCCGACUUGGAGCUCCCUCCGCAUCAUCCUAGACAAGACAACUUCAUCAAUGCCGAAAACCAAAAACUCACUACAGAAGAGUAUGAUCGACACCUAUCAUACUUGAGACACAUGGGAGGAGAGAAAGGCAUAGACUUGGCACUGAAAACAUAUGGCGUGGAUGUUAUACUGGGUCCCAUUGACAGUGGCCUCACAUCCUUGGCAACGGCUUCGGGUUACCCCCUCUGUGCAAUGCCGCUAUCAUACUUGGAUUACAAUGGCCGCCCAUUUGGAGUUGCAGCUAUCACAGGAAAGCACCAAGAGCAUCUCUUGGUUAAGGUCAUGAGUGCCUGGGAAGCUACGUUCCCUGCCCGAAAGCCUCCUCCACAACUCAUGAAGCUGAAGUGA